AUGAAUGAAUGUAUAGAAAAUGCCAUCUUCCCGGAUUGCUGGAAGGUCUCUAGACUGGUGAUCAUCCCGAAAUCAGGGAAAAAGGUCAGGUCCAAUCAUAAAUCCUAUAGGCCUAUUAGUCUCCUGCCGAUGAUGAGCAAAGUACUUGAAACACUAAUUAUUAAAAGAAUUGAAAGCGAAACCUCACUCAACGUAAUAGGAAACCAACACGGCUUCGUGGCGGGCCGCUCCACCAUCACGGCGAUGGAAUCGCUAUACAACUGGGCAAAUGCAUCUAAGUGCAGGCACGUCUUUGGAGUCUUUCUGGACAUCACCGGGGCCUUUGACAACGUCAAAUGGUCCCCGAUCCUGGAAAGACUUCACGAGAUCGGUGCAUCGAUCAGGAGCAGACACGCCAAGCUCAAAAUCGAAAACGUAGUCAAAACAAGACAGCUAACAAGAGGGUGCCCCCAAGGCUCGCAACUGGGACCGACCUUGUGGAAGGUAGACAUGUCCGACAUCGGAACUCCUCCUGACCAGCAAACGCAGCACGUAGUAACCUAUGCGGACGACAUAGCCAUACUUACGGGUGCCGCCAGGCCACAAACGGUGUUUAAGAGAAUGACCGAGUACCUAGAUGUAAUGAGAACCUGGGCGGAGAAGUACUCGGAAACGAAAACACAACUGAUGUCUGUAAAGGGUGGCCUAAAACCGACGUACAGCAUCACCUUUGGCACGAACAACGAAGCCGCGGUCAUAGAGUCAACCAGCUCGGUGAAAAACUUGGGAGUAAUUCUUGACCCGAGGCAAUCCUAUGCAGACCACAUUUUUGAACUGGCGGGAAAGUCAAAAGACCUCUACAAAAGGCUCAGAGGCAUGUCAUCCGCUAACUGGGGCAUGAGCAGAAGAACUGCCAGGAUCAUUUAUGAGGGCGUCUUCCUACCCAGAAUAACAUACGCGGCGGAAGUAUGGUGGGAAGGCGUAAAACUCGAGAAGUGUAAAAAGAAGUUAGGGUCAAUGCAAAGAGACCCACUAAUAGCGAUAACAAGCGCGUACAGAACGGCCUCGACAAAUUGUCUUGCGGCAGUAGCCGGUGAGUUGCCACUUGAUCUCAAGAUUAUAGAGUACGUAUUCAAAAGACAGGCGAAACUCGGCGCCAUUACGCCCGAGUCCCUGAAUAGCAGAGUGAGCUACUCACACAGUGGCAGAUAA